CCUCAAAGUGCUUUGUCUGUUGUCGUUGUUCCGCGUACAAGAAUCAAGCAUAGCUGAGCUCCCGACUGGUUGUUCUUCAGCUCCUGACGGUGACCGUGACCCUUUCUGCGUUUGUGAGCAGACUGUGAGUGAGUCCGCCAUUGAUGCCAAAGGGCGAUUCGCCAUCUAUCGGACCAUCAACAGAGCAUCCCGUGGGCGAGUCAGGCGAGCUCUCUCCUGGUGCAGCCGCAGAGGGGCUGCCGCCAUGCAGACUGUCUUCACCAGCAGUGGAGGGGUGCCUGGCAGGGGGGGGACCACCGCUGAGACCCUACAAUUCGCUGUCAGGAUCAUCGCUCUACUCACUAUAGCCGGUGCCUGCAGAGGGACGGACACAAAGGCACACACAGCACACACAGCAUCUCGGACAGACAGACAGACCGACAGACGCCCUUUUUUCUCCUGUGUGGUGUGCCCCACCAGGUUUUGUCGUGUACUUGGUAUCUGGUUGGGUGGACAGUGUGCCCCCCGCCCCGCCAGGCGUCGCUGCCACCGACAAUCUGGCGGCGGCCGGUGUGGGAGUGGGGGAGGUCCACCACAACCAGGGCAGCGGCAGCAAGGCCCUCCCACACAAGUCGCUGCGCCGAGCCGCCAUAUGCACCAUGACCAACCCAUGCAAGAUACAGGUAGGCAGGCAGGCAGGCAGGCAGGGAACCACAACGGGUGGGUGGUUAUCACACCCAAGCCGCCUGUCUGGCUGUCUGGCUGUCUGCUAUUGAAUCCAUCAGUUGAUAGCUGAUUUGGACGAGUCGUCUCGCGACGAGUCGCAGGGCAAACUCACAUUCUUCUCCUACCUACAAAGCGGCUACCUUUAUCGGUACGCACCCACGCUGGGAAGCUGACUGCUUUGCCCCAUUGGAUGGCUCAACCAACAUGUGUGUGCUCGUUCGUCCGUCCGUCCGUUCGGUUGUGUGUGUGUGCGGCAGGGUGAGCAAUCGUGGCGGUGGGUUCUUCAGUCUGGGAGGGUCGACCGAGAGCACAUCGACAUCGACGGCAGUCAACGGCAGCAGUGACAAAGGUGCAGAUGGCAAGGAGGCAUCCAGGCCGCAGGCGGCGCCCACCUAUGCUGUGGAGUGGGGCGCCAGUGAGCGGGUGGACGGACACCACAACGAGGCCGGCAGGGGCAUGGAACUCUCGGAACUGCUACAAUUCGACAAGUGAGUGAGUGAGGACCGACCGGACCGACUUACUUGCCAAGGCGGGCGGAGGGAGGGAGGGAGAACAGCGAACGGGAGGGAGAUGGCUGGUGGUGCGGCGUGUGUGUGUGCAGCGUCUUGUACACGUUUGACGACCGCACAGGGAUUGUGUACGAGCUGGACACCAAGAAAGGUAUGUAUAUUACCUACCCACCCACCCACCUAUCUGAUCUGCACACGUAGCGUAGCGACCCGCACACACGGCAAGGCAAGGCAAGCAGCCGGCCGGAUACACACAUGCAACCCUAAAUACGUGUGUGUCUGUGUGUGUGUGUAUGUGGGUAUGUCAGAGGGUAAGGCGAGCGUGUACCCCCGGCACAUCGUGACUGAGGGUGCUGGCGACACCAACAAGGGCAUGAAGAUUGAGUGGGCCACACAAAAGGACGGCAACCUCUGGAUCGGAUCCUUCGGCAAAGAAUACACCAGUAAGCCAAAUACUAUAUUUACCAAACCACCACACACAUGGACAGACAAUCAGACAGGACAGGCCAACCAGAGCUAGCAGGCCACCCCCUGCCCUGCCUCUACGUGUGUGUGUGUGCAGAUGCCAAGGGUGAGAUCGUCAACGAGAACAACAUGUGGGUGGUGGCCCUGGGCGCCAACGGCAAGAUGCAGAGGUUCAACUGGAAACCCGCAUAUGACGCUGUCAGAAGGUAUUUACGUACGGAUGGGAUGGCUGUACAUGGAUGGCUAAUCAAGUGUGUCGAGAUACAUACAUACAUACCCAUCACAGCCCAUCCCAUCCCAUCCCUCGCUCUCUUGCUGGCCUGGCGGCAGAGCUCUGGGCGCACCAUAUCCUGGGUACUGCAUCCACGAGGCAGUCGCAUGGAGCGAUGACAUGCAAAAGUAAGUGCACAGACAGACAGACAGACAGACAAACAAGGGGAGAGGAAGGGAGGGGAGACUGCACUGCGUGUGGGAAAGACAGGCCGUCGUCACGUUGUACGGUACGGUGAGCGUGUGUGUCGGUGGCGUAUGUAUGUAUGUGGUCAGGUGGGUGUUGCUGCCCCGGCGGGUGAGCUCUGACCCCUACGAUGAUGAACAGGACGAGGUAGCACGACACGAGACACAAUGAAGGCAGCCAACGGUGUUGCUGUGGGUGCCUGCCUGUCUAGUACCGUGGCUCGAACAAGUUGGUGUUGGCGUCUGAGGACUUCAGCCAGAUAGAGGUGCGGGAGAUCGGCGACAUCGUACCGGAGAGGGGAUACUCUUCAUUCGCUUUCAUUCCGGGCACCGACGAUCAAGUAACCUAAUAUACACACGCACGCACACGACACCAGACACGGAAACAGCGAUGGACAUAUGUACGGACGUACAUACUUGGGUUUAAUUGAUUGUCUGGUUUGUAUGGCUGGGCCGGCUGAUGUGGGUGCAAUGCAUUGCAAUGCACUGCAGGUGAUCGUAGCCCUGAAGAGUGUCGAGUCAGCCAAGACAAAGACACAGGUACGCACGCACGGUGCACACACAACACACCCUGCCCUGCCUUGCUGGCUUGCUAGGGAGGUAGGUAGGUACCAUCCAUCCAUCCGUGGCUUGACGACUGACUCGCUUGGCUGGCUUCCUGGUGUGGGUGUGAUGUGUGUCCUUCUCUUGUCUCUUUGUGUUGCGUGUCCCACAUACAGAGCACGUAUUUGAGUGUGUUUCACAUCAACGGUGACGUCUACCUGCCCGACACCGAGGUGCCCGGCGGAUACAAAUACGAAGGUCACUCACUCACUGCACACCACACCACACAUGCCUGGCCUGCAAAUGGCAAACUGACCGAUUGAUUGAUCGUGUGAAUGAAUUGUAUAUAUGCUAUGCGUGUAGGCAUUGAGAUCAUCAGCUGACACGAGCACACAAAGAGACGUGGCUGAC